AAUGACAGCUGCAGCUGACGAAUUUGUUGUGUCGAAAUUCGGAUGGUAUCUGUGAUCGCGGAACGAAAACACCAUAAAGUGUCGUAAAUUCGCAUUAGCCCAACAGUUCGCAGAGUGAAUUCCAAAAGAUUGUUCCAAAGUGCAAAGUGCGCCGUCGAGUGGACGACCCGAAACCAAUUGCGAGUGAGACUUUGUGCAUUGUUCAGUGGUGGAAAGGUGAUGUCGCGAAGUUUCAGUGGUGCAGGCAAGACAACGGCGACAAUGGCAAACGGAAUCGCACAGAAAGACAACAAACACUUCUCCAUACACGAUGCCUUCGAGGAGGAAACAGACGAGGCAAUCCGGGUGUAUGGGUCGACGGUGAUCUCGACACCGGUGCGAGCCAAAACGAGGUCCAUUGACGACGUCACGAUUCGAGUGCAUGAUCCCAGAAAUUUCAAAUACACCGAGGACACAACAUCACGCGACAGUGACUCUCUUAUCCAAGAAUAUGGAAAUCUAGCCACAGACGAAUCCAACACAUAUUGCUGGCGACAUCCGAAAGUUCGUGAAAAUUGGCGAACAGUAUUGGCUGCCGUCACCCUACUUCUAGUCGGUACCGGUCUUGUGAUAAUGGGGGCAUUUGCGGUAGCCGAUCCGGCCAAUAGUUCGCAAGGUGCAGUAUUUUUCGUGGCCGGAUUUAUAUGUUUCAUUCCAGGUGCAUAUCAUGUUGUUUACAUUUGGCUUGCAGCACGUGGCUAUCGAGGUUUCGAUUUCUAUCACUUGCCACUGUUCACGUAGGACCUAGUUAUAAGGACGAUACAGACAGGAUCUUUGUUAGAAACACUUAAAAUCUUUCUUCACACUAUCUUUUCUCAUUCUCUUGAUAUGAAGCGAACAUUUGAUAUUUAUAUAAAGGAUAUAUGAUAGUGAGUAACAGUGAGGAAGUCAUGACGAUAUUAUUUUUGUAGUUUGAUAAGUGCAUAGGAGUAGCUAUUGUAUCUCGAAUCAGCAGUUGAUUGCAGUUAUUUCAUAUUUAUUUUAACUUUUGAAAAGACUUUUAGUAUCUAAUUGACAAUGAACAUAUUAUUUAUAUUGUG